CUCACGCACUCAAAAGUGAAGAAACACACACACACACACACACAGACUCUCUCUGUCGUUUCAGCUCACAAACGAGGAAGAACAGUGAGAUUUUUCUGGCCGACGAGCUUUGAGAGAUGCGAAGAGCUUUCAGAUUCAAGUGUAUAGCUUAAAUCUCGGUAGAAUUUUCGAUAAAAAUGUCUUGCCUUUACAUCACUUCAGUCUCAUCAUCCUCUGCGGUUUCCAUUUCCCGCAAAUCAAUACCCUUCACUGGUGCCCGUUCAGUCUCUUCAAGGCCCAGAGUCUAUUGCGCUCUUGGUGGGACUGUUGCAGAACCAAAACUUAUCACUGCAACUGAACCAUUGCUCCUUAAUGCUGUUCGUGGGGAAGAAGUGGAAAGACCCCCUGUUUGGCUAAUGAGACAAGCUGGGAGGUACAUGAAGAGCUACCAAAUUCUCUGUGAGAAGUAUCCAUCUUUUCGUGAAAGAUCAGAAAAUGUCAAUCUUGUGGUGGAAAUUUCUCUACAACCAUGGGAAAUUUUUAAGCCUGAUGGGGUCAUUUUGUUCUCAGACAUCCUCACCUCGCUAUCAGGGAUGAACAUACCUUUUGACAUCGUUAAAGGCAAGGGUCCUGUCAUAUUCGAUCCUUUACGAACAGCUGCUGAUGUUGAUCAAGUGAGAGAAUUUGUUCCUGCAGAAUCAGUUCCAUAUGUUGGGGAAGCAUUGACAAUCUUGCGAAAAGAGGUAAAUAACAAAGCAGCAGUGUUGGGAUUUGUUGGGGCUCCUUUCACCCUGGCAUCAUAUGUGGUUGAAGGUGGCUCAUCAAAGCAUUUUACCCAAAUAAAGAGGCUAGCUUUCUCACAGCCCAAGGUCCUCCAUGCACUACUGCAAAAAUUUGCAACCUCCAUGGCGGAGUAUAUCAAGUACCAAGCCGACAAUGGAGCUCAAGCCGUUCAGAUCUUUGACUCGUGGGCCACGGAGCUUAGCCCAGUGGAUUUUGAAGAGUUCAGUCUGCCUUACUUAAAGCAGAUAGUGGAUUCUGUAAAACUAACCCAUCCAAAUCUCCCAUUGAUCCUUUAUGCAAGUGGAUCAGGAGGUUUGAUUGAGAGACUGCCGUUGACGGGCGUUGAUGUGGUGAGCUUGGAUUGGACAGUUGAUAUGGCUGAAGGUCGGAGACGAUUGGGACCUGAUGUAGCGGUACAAGGGAACGUGGAUCCUGGCGUUCUUUUUGGCUCGAAAGAGUUCAUCACCAGUCGGAUAAACGACACAGUGACGAAAGCGGGGAAUCGGAAACAUAUUUUGAAUCUUGGCCAUGGCAUUGUAGUUGGUACACCAGAGGAAAAUGUUGCUCAUUUCUUUGAGGUUGCUAAAGGAAUCAGAUACUAAAAGCUGAUGUAGUGGGUGAUUUUCUGUUUUUGUUUAGCAGUUAUUUUUUCUUCCCUCGGCUUUUGUUUAUUCUUUUGUGCUAUUGUACGGAUUCAGUAUGAAGAACAUUUAAGAGCAUUCAACCUAACAAUCCAAGUUUCCACUAUUACUGUUGAUUUCAGGCAUGCCUGACAAUUGUAGAUCCUACCUGUAAAUCCAACAACACAAAACUGAUACUAAAUUAGUAGGUUUGGAC